CAUCAACAGCGUCGUGACACUAGUAAGUACUCUUGUCAUAAACUUCAACAUUUGGCUGCGAGUCGAGAUCUGAGACCUCGCGUGCACCUCUUUCAUAUUAUGUCUGGUGCGCGAAUGGAAACACUUGACGGUAUUAUUUAUUCAUCAUUGUGAGCAUUGAUUCAUCGCUGUGCUUUGGUAUUGGCACGGGUAAGUAUAUCGUAGAUUCAUGUGUCCAACACUCGAUGUCACUGAUCUGCCCCAACACAGGAUGGACCGACACUGGAAUUCCAGGGCCAAGACAGCCACUGCAACAGUCGAGCUUCUCAAACGACAAAAUAUCAACAUAAAACCCCAUGGGAAACACCUAACAAUGUCUGUGCAUUUGAAGCGCUUGGAGAACCACAAAAAGGGUGGAUGUACGGUGCAACAACAUUUUUAUGAUAGAGGAUGGGAUGGUUACCGUGCGCUUCAUCGCGUGAAGAUGUGGUGCUAUCUGCAUGUCACGACAUGUGACUGUUUUGUAUUUGUAUCUUUGGCACUCUGUGCAGGUGGAAUAAGGAUUCUAAAGCGACGAUGUGUCUGUACGAUGGCGAUGCAUGUGCAAGCAUCCGACUAUGGAUGCGACUUUCGUAGUCUGCCCAUGAAUUUGCUGAGCAUGAUGAAGGUCAGACAAUGGCGUUCUUUGCUCAUCUGAUGGACCUCGCUUCUCGCUCGCAACCUUUACCGGUUCCUGCUCAAGUCGGCACUGCAAAACAUCACUGAAAUACAAUGGCCACCGACCGAGGCUGUACAAUCAGAAAUCGGGCUUUUUGGCCUGUUACAGGCUUCUCGUCUCACAUGUGCGAUUUCUCUUUCGACCUGACAUGUAUGGCGUAUUAU